AUGAAUGUACUUUUGGUAGUCUACAGAGAAUCUGAUAGACAAGCACAUGAAAGAAAAUGGAUGUGUCGACUGACGAGGGAACCUAACACCGAAAACUCGGAACAAUCGACAUUAUUUCACAUAACACAACAACCACAACCACAGCUUACACAUCAACUUUCAUCAUCUCAUCGACCGAAUAGAAGACUUCAUGAUACAACAAUAAUACCAUCCCCAGUAUCGUCAACGAUACAUUUAAAAGCAUCAGAUUUAUCAACUUAUCGUGGAAGACAAGAUGAAGAUAUAGAUCAAUGGGUGGAACAAGUUUCAGCUAUCAAACAAUAUAUUCAUACGACAGACGGAGAACUACUAAAAGUACUUCCAUUAGUUUUCAGAGAUAAUGCUUUAACCUGGUUUACGACGCUUGGUGAAACAAAAAGAUCAACAUUAACAACAUGGGGAGGAUGGGAAGAAACGUUAAAGCAAGCAUUUAGACCAGCUAACUAUCAAAUGAAAUCAUUACGUGAUCUAAAAUUUUUAGUAUUCGGUGAAGAAGCAACAAUCGUUAAUGAUAUUAUAGAUGGUUUAUCGGGAAAUUUUAAGAUGUUUGUAUUAAGUCGAAUCAAUCCUAAUACAUCAUUAGAAGAAUUACGUCGUGUUCUAGUGGACUUGGAUUCAAAUAUUCAUGAACAGAAACUCAAUAAUACCUAUCGAUCCAGCGUCAAAUUUCACAAUCAUAGCAACGACCAUAAUGAGCGUCAUUAUUUAAAUUCAGAUACAAAUACAAAUCGAAAUGCAACACCAACAACAAGAACAUCAAAAAUUAAUCCACCGAGUCCAUAUCCACUUUGCCGGGGACGGCACUGGAAAAAUGAUUGUCCAUUAUUACAACAACAACAACUAGGCUUAUUCAAUAACAGAUCAGUAUUAACAAGAAACGUAUAUGACAGUAAAAUUAAUGACACAUCAUAUAAUCAACAUCGAAGAAUUAAUAAUACAAUAGCAUUAAAUAAUAAUCGACAAUGUUUUUUAAUUGACAGCAUUAAUUCACAUCGAAUUGAUGAAGAACGUCCAUGUGACUCUAUUGAACCAUCCAAUUUAAGUUAUGAGCAUAUCCACACUGAUAUAAACAAUGUAUAUCGUGAAAAUAACAUUUCAUCAUCAUCCCCAAUAGAUGAUAAUAAAAGUCAUUCAACAAUAGCACUCAAUCUAGACAAUUCGCUUGCUGAAUAA